AUGGCUGAGCAAGUGCGGCAAGCUGAGAUAUCGGGGGAAGCGGGUCAAGCCGCAAUGGGGGCCCUUGCCCAAGAAAUGGCAGGGGCAUUGAGGGAGUCCAUGAAUAUACUAAGGGCGGAGAAACAAGCUAGGGAGAACGUCAUAAAGACAAGGGCCAGCUUCCUCACGAGGAAGUUUUUGCAGGCCAAGCCACAUGAAUUCCAUGGUGGCCCCAAGCCAAAGAAAGCGGAUGAAUGGCUUGAACAAACUGUGAAGACUUUUGACAUGUUUCACAUUGAGGAUAGUGAGCUCAGAGUGACUCUUGCGAGUGACUACCUCAAGGGGGACGCGGGCCAAUGGUGGAAGUACGCCAAAGAACGAAUAGAACCGACAUGGAAGGCAUUUGUGGUGGCCUUCCAAGACAAGUACCUAUCUCCCACGGCUAGGGAGAGGUUGAGGCAGGAGUUCCAAGACCUUAAGCAACUUAACAUGUCCGUGGCCGAGUUCGAAGUGGUCUUCUCUAGUUUGUCCCAGUUUGCACCGGAGUUGGUAGUGACGGAAAAGCGUCGUUGCAUUGAGUUCGAGAAGAAGUUGAGAACUAAGAUCUUGUUCAAGGUUGCUAGGAACAUGAUCUGGAAUUAUGACCGCCUUGUUGAGGUGGCCGUACAUGUGGAGAUUACCAUGGAGGCCGAAGAGGAGAGACUUCGGAAUUCGAGGUCUAGGGGACAAGGGUCACAGGGAGACUAUAGGCCCAACACGAAGAGCAGAAACACCUUUUCAUCCUAG